AUGAGUCUGCUGUGCGACCCCAACACGCUUCACCUCUUUGUAGAGGAUGACCUUGGAUCUUUCUUCCACAAUUUGGAGAAGGAGCAGAAAUCCACCAGCUACACUGUCAUACUAACGGAUCGGGGCACGUUUCUAAAUGAACAACCGACUCUCUUGGCUACUUUGAAAUUCUUCCUACAUGACCCGAGGGAAAAUUCAAAAGGGAAUUUGUCCCCCCCAAAGCAUCUCUACACUCCUCUACAGGGGAAAUUACAAAAAUGCCAACAUAGAAUCAACAGUCCUAUUUUUAAUGUAGAGGGGAAGAAAUGGAAAAAUCGGUUUGUCUUUCCCUGUAGCGAUGGUGAGGGCCCCCUUAGUGAGAAUCUUACCCAUUCUUCCAUCAAAAAGAGUACUAAUCAGGAUGAGGAGAAAAAUUAUGAACGGGUCAGGCGGAAAAUAAGAAGUGUUAAUAAAUCCGCACAUCAGGAACUUCUUUGCAAAGCCCAGCAGGACAGACAACUCCUUGCAGACAAUGACUCAGGAGAGAUGAAAGAAAUUUUUGCAAAAUAUGAACAGUCCCUCGUUGGGGAAUUUAUCCCUACCCCUCACCUCUUUGCACACCAAAUUAAAAAUGUCCUAGUGAUCAUUUCGAAUAUACAAAAGUGGGAUGACAAGGUGGAGGUUGCUCACCAGUUAAUUGACCUUGUUGAUAGAAAGGUCACUUUGAAACAAGCACAGAUUAUUUGUUUUGCCAAUGAGCAUAUCCUAGAAAGCUUUUAUCACGUGUGUCGGGUCCUGUGCAAAGGGCUGAAGGUGCAUCUGUUUCCGGUCAGCGGUCGCGCCCUCGUUGAAGUGGUGGGAGACGCCGCGGGAUCGUUCCUAGGUUGGCAUAGGGGAGAACAGACCGACGAUGCGGUUAAAGUUGAUCGUCAUGAUGAGGCGGUUCACACUGAUCACCAAAAUGUCAUCUCUACCUACCAGUACAAGUCCAGUUGUGCUAAUAGUGUAACGCAUGUCUGUAGGGGACUCCUAACAUCGUUGAGGGAGGAAGACUGCAAGGGGAUCUUUACCCAGGCAUUAAAACUAGCUAUGCUAAAUGACCCCAAAUUGUUUGCCAACAUAAACAGCACCGACUUGAACCAGUUUAAGAAAAGGAUAAAAUAUUUUCUCCACCGAUUGUUGAUUAAUAGUUGCAAGAUACAUAGAAAGGGAAAAAGGAACAAAAAAAUUAUGAACAUGUUCAGGUUUGGAAAUACCAUUGGAAAUGCAAUAAAAAAUGCAAAGGGAAAUCCCCUAAACGGCGUCUUCACGAAUGAGGAAAUAUUUCUCUGUUAUGGAAUUUAUUACGAACUAAGGAUGCUGUACGAGGUAGAUGCAGUGGACCUUAUCUUCCUCACUGAGGUGAAAGAAAUAAUGAUGAAGUACAAAAUGAAAUAUAAAUUAAGCAAUAAUUAUUUGAACUACUACACACAUGAGAUUAUUCAUCAUCUUAGGAAGGGACACCAAUCCGGGACGGAUAGCAUUUUAUUAGUUCACCUGACUGGAAUAGGAGAGGUGCACCCCGAUGUGAUGAUUAGCGUGCCGCUAUGCGUCGUUUGUAGAAUUCUUUGUCCCAUGGUAUGCUUCCCCCCGCGAAGUAUACACUCAUCACUGAAGGGGACUGAACCUACAAACAGGUGGGAACCAUUCUUGCAUAUCGGUCAUGUGGGAAACAAAUCGGAAGCCAUUCGAGUAAUUUACGUUAGCUGCAUGAGUAGAGAGAACAUUUGCAUCAGGAAUGUAACUCCAUGUGUUGAUGUCGUAGUGUUUGUGAAAAUAUUAAGAGAGUUAAAUUUUUACAUUAGCCUGACGAGACAAGGGGUGAGCACUACGUACCCAGAGGACGACCUCUCACCGAAGGAAAUCUUUCUACAUAUAAAAGGAAACAUACAAAGGAGUGUUUUUUUAUUUAAACGGUUUAUUUACCAAAGGGGAAUCACCCUCCAUGUGUACAACUGUGGAACGGUGUGUCGCUUCAUUUUGCCCCUUCUUUGCCUCUACAUCUGCAAACAAAAUUUGAAGGCGAAAAAGACAAAAAAACGGGUUCUAAAAUGGAUUCUAUUGAAAGGAAGCAAACAAAUGGAAACGACUAGAAUUAUCAGCCCCCUUGUGCAAGUCUUACGUCAAGCGUUCAAAUGUGUAAAUAUAGAGUACACGAAGAAGGAAAAUUAUUUGCCCAUAUGUAUUAGUGUGAAGGAAGGAGCCAACCUUGAGGAGAAACUCUUCUGCACGGAAUACGUUCAAAUUGAUAAUUACCACUCGAGUCAGUUUGUCUCGUCGAUGCUGCUGCUGUCCGCAUUCUCGCAGACGAACACGUGCAUCGGGUUGAGCUUCAAGAGGGUUGGAGGUGCACAAUGCGGAGGAAGCAUAAGUCUAUGUGAUGGAAGAGAGGAAAGCCCUAGGCAUAAAGCAGCGAAGCGAAAAGUUCCUUCCUCUCGUUCCACAAAAGCAAACACAACGACUGCAUAUGGUACCCAACGAAGGGAACGCACCAUUCAUUACGGCAUGAAUAAUUCACCACCUUACGGAACAACCAAAGGAGAAGCCACCACGCAGCAGUUCAGUACUACGUCAAAAUCAUUUAUCGAUCUGACCAUCCGCGUGAUGAAAUUAUGGGGGGUGAAGGUCGGAAUGAAAAACUUCUGCUAUGUUCUUAAAAAGGGAAGUAGGUACCCGUCUUAUGGGAGAAGGCGAAGCAAACUGACCAUCCUCAAAAGUCUUGUUAGCAGGGUUAAGCGGUUCAUUUGUGCGGUGAAGGGCGUGAACCGCUGGCGUUUGCUGCCCGCAGGUAGCACCAAACAGCGUGUCACCAAAUGUGGGGCAGAAGAGGGGGAAUUUGUUAACAGCCAAGUGAGGCUACCUGUAGAUGUAAAAGGAGGGGAAGACGACAUGUAUAUCUCUCGGUCAAGUAGAACCCCUAUUUACACUGCUAACUGCACGCUAUCCUAUGUAGUGCAAAACGAUUUGGGACUGCUCAUGUACUUCAUCAUUGGCUGUCUCAUCAGGGGGGAGAACUGCGCCAUCGAUGUAGGGCUCUGUCUAGACGGGGUCGACUUGUACCCGGAUCAGGGCGCCGAGGUCAAGAGAGAAGUGAGUGGACAAGGGGAACCUAUCUCGCAUGCAUCUCAUGACUCGGGGGAUGGUCGCACCUUACACUCCCCCCCAUUGCGCAGAAUCAAGGCGAUAAGGCACCAGGCGAACAUCCCCAACUAUACCCUCCUGAAUGUGCUCCUCCUCCUUGGGGUAGAUAUAUACAUUGAAGAGGAGGGAAGUCAUAAAAAAAGCAAAAAAUUGUAUAUGCUUACCUCGAAAAGGAUGAGCAUUAGACAAGAGUGGAUAAAGGGGCUUCUUCUCCGGGGGGGUGCAACUUCGAAACAGAGAAAUAAGGACCCAGGGGUGGGUAGAGUGAAGCAAGACAAGUGGGAGAUCUUCCAGAAUGUGCACUUGAAAAUGAAGCUGUAUUCAAAUAAAAUGCUCCUCAAAGUGAUAGUAGAUGUUGAAAAUUUCUCGGACGAUUUUUUUUCCCUAAGUGUCCUGUUUUGUUACUACCUCCUAGUGCACCCAACAGAAUUCUUUUCCUUUAAGAUAAAAAACGUGCGAAAUCAAAACAUAAAGGAGUCUGUUCGUGUGUAUAAUUGUGUAAUCAUAUUAAAAUUGUUUUUUCAAAAUGUCCUCUCCAUUUUCUGUGAUAAGAAUUGUGUGUAUAUCGGUCGCAUGAGACACCCCGUAGAGAACUGCCUGUUCUAUAGGAUGACAAAAAAAGGGGAAUUGCCCUCCCCAGGGGAGAGUCCUUCUUCGGCAGCUUCACCAACUGCUGCUCAGAUUGAAAACAACUCCAUGUAUGUAACGAGCGACAACGGGGGGGAGGUGUACCUAUAUGUAGACACACAAAGGGAUCAUCGAAUCAUUUUCAUGGUUACCAUUUUGGCUCUCCUCGGGGGAAACGUUUUGAUUGACAACACUGGCGAGGUAGAAAAGAGCUUCCCGCACUUUUUCCAUUACGCACAUCGGUACUUAGGCUUAAAAGUAAAUUACACAACUUGUGGGGAGCUCAACUUUUGCAACUUUACCAAGCUGUGCAGAUACGAAUUGGGGGGAAGAGGCACUGCGUCACGCUUAGAAGAGGCACUCGUAGAGGAGCCCCCUUUAGAGAAUAGAUGCCCCUCCGAAGUGUCCGUAACGUGGAGCGAUUCCUCAACAAGCACUAACAUUCAUCAUGGAUCUACUAAGGCGAAGAAUCCACCACAUGGGAGCCAAGUUAAGUGCAUACAGAAUCAUCAACAAAGGGGAGCCAAUAAUAUGGCUAUUCAAAUGGGAGAAGCAGAAAAGGGGGAAAACUUCCACCUCAAUGUUCAGAUCAAGCCUAUGUUAAAAGAAAGCAGAGGAGGAGACGAAACGAAAUUUACUACACAUGGUCAGGUGGAAGAUUCUCCAUCUAGCGGAUACGGCUCCACAAAUUCGAGCUCGCACGUGAAGAAAAAAUACCUCUGUGAGGAGGAGGACAGUGUGGGUUCACCCAUGGAAGGAAUAACCUUUUCUGAAAGGAGUACAGUGGAAGGUGAGGAAGAUGCGAAAGGGGAUAAGUCAAAAGUAACUGGUGAGUAUGAGGGUAGCAGGGGUGGAGGUACUCCUGUAGGUGAUGGGGGAGUCUCCAUCGCUACUAAACAAAACGAAUCGAAAUGCCAAGGGCGCCAAAAAGGGGAACAAAACAUGUUAACCCCCCCUGGGGAGAAACAGCCCCUCAAAGACACCUGUCGAGAGACAUGUGAUGAACGUGUUACCCAUGGAAGAAGGGCGGGAGCUGUUCUUCCACCGGAUCCGAACUACUGCAGAGAAUACCAAUACGAGGAACUUCUGCACGGAAACGACGCUGACAUCCUUCACCUAAUAAACCAAGUGAACAAUCUCAACAUCAGUAUCAUAUGCGGGAUUAGAAAUGUGGGGAAAAGCUACCUUAGCAAAAGGAUAAAAAAUUGCAGCCUUGUAAUUGACCUGGACGAAUAUAUCCUUCACGGGCCGAUACGCUUUGAUCGACUUACCAUCGGUGACUUCCGCUACUACGAGUAUAUCACCUUCGUUUCUAUGCUGUAUGUGGCGUACUUAAGUUUUGCGGGGGAAAAUUGUCACCAUGAUAUUGGAGAAAUGAAUGGAGAAGAAGCCCAACCCAUGUUCUGUGAAAAUCCCUUUUUGACCCUUCGAGAGGAUGUACGCUUUUAUAACAACAAGGUGAAUCACCUUUAUCACACCAUGAAGGAAAAACAUUUCCUCAAAGAAAACCAAGUGCCUGUACAAAGCAUUACAAUUGUCCUUGGUGGAGGGAUCGUAGAAUUCGAAAGGUCUAGACAUGUGAUGAGUAGAGUAAAGAAUCUCCUUCUGAUUAAAAGACCCCCAAGGGAAAUUUAUCAUAUGUGUAUUAACGACAAGGUAAAACCUCCAUUAAGUGGUAACCUGGAAGAAAUAAUUAACAGAAGAACCAUCCUCUUUGCUAAUUUAAAUGCCUUUCACUUUUCCAUUCCUCCGGAAGAGGACAUAGACAGGUGCUUAGCGAAUGCAGGCAAGUCCAGGAAUGAACUGAUUGUUAGCAGCUUUUUAAACUUUUUCAAUUACAAAUUUUUUGUGAAGCGCCCAAUGAAGCAUACCUACUCUCAGGUUGCCUCAUCGGGUGAGACCAUACUCUCCUUGCGUCUAACACAAUUUUAUUCAUUCGACUAUGCGUCCUUGGAAGGCACCUACGAGGUGGUUGAACUUGUCAUGGAUUGCUGGCCAAACGGUAGUGAACACAGUGGGGAAAAUGUGCACAGUGGGGAGACAGAGCACAAGACGAAUUUGCUCGAGCUAGCCAUUUUCACCAUUCGAUCAUACACAGACAAACCGAUCUGUGUUAAAUUCCCCAAGUGGCUUUUAGACCCCAAUUUUUGUGAACCCACAAAUGAGAGAUCCCCUGGAGGACAAAAAAAAAUUUCCUACAGGUACACCCCGACCGACUUGUACAAAUACAAAAUUAACAUCUUCGACGUGGAUAUUAAUUUUUUUAAAAAGGUUAAAAACUUCAUGCCGCGGAAGAGAGAAAACAUUUUCCUUAUCAUCUCGAGUUACCGGGAGAGGGUCCACAAAGGGAGAGUAACAACAGACUUGUAUAAAUUAGAAAAGUCCCACGCUGACUUGAUAUGGCUAACCUUUGCGCGGGCGACCCAGCCAGAUCGGGAGACUCUCCAUGUGGAGAUAACUCGCCACUGUGAGAAGAGGCUGGGAAGUCCUCCAAUUUCUCACGUUAGAGGUAUUAUUAGGAGAGCGCCAUGUCACAAUGUUCCACCUGACCAAGUCGCUACUGAACAACGUUACGAGAUUUCGGCUUACACAUGCGAGAUGAAUGAUCCGUUGGUCUUUCUGUGUAACGACGUUUCUCACGUGGGAUGUGUGCAGCCGGGGUUGGCAACCCAGGAGGAGACAAGACGGAGACCCGCCCACCCCGAGAGCUACAUGCACAGCUUCUAUCACCAACGGGUGAAGACCAUCAUUUCGUGUGUCCCUCGGUGA